ACGCUCUCUUCUACCUCUCUUGAAAGCACUGCAGACUCUCAAAGCCACUCUUUCUCACCAAGAAGCAGAGAAGGGGUGGGAAAAUGGCUGGAAAUGAAUGGAUUAACGGGUACUUGGAAGCGAUAUUGGAUGCCGGAAGUAGCAGAAAUGGGCUGAGAGUUGUUGAAGAUGGUGAUGAGAAGAGCAACAGCAAGAAUAAUGGUAGUAGGAGGAGAAGAUUUGUUGAGGGGAAGGUGAGAAUUGGAAGGUUGGAAGAGAAGGAGAAGGAGAAGGAGGAGGUGUUUAAUCCCACCAAGUACUUUGUAGAAGAAGUUGUUAAUAGCUUUGAUGAAUCUGAUCUCCAAGGACAUGGAUUAAGUUUGAUGUGA